AUGUCGAUUGCCGAUUCAAACCCUAACCCUAACGACGCCGUGACGGCGACGGUGACGGCCGUUAAUAAACGUUACGAAGCUUUGGUCGCCGUCCGUACGAAGGCCGUUAAAGGGAAGGGGGCGUGGUAUUGGGCGCAUCUCGAGCCGAUUCUGAUCAGAAAUUCCGACGCCACCGCGGCGGCGGAGGGGGCGCCGCCGCCGCCGAAAGCCGUGAAGCUCAAGUGCAACCUCUGCGACGCCGCAUUCUCGGCGUCGAAUCCGUCGCGUACGGCGUCGGAGCAUCUCAGGAGCGGCGCGUGUCCGAAUUUCGCCGCCAUGUUAAAGCCGCCGAUCUCGCAGCUGCCUCCUCUGUCUUCUCCGUCUUCCCACCACCGGAAAAGAGCUUCUUCCUCCCAACCUCGAUUCCUCAAUCCGCCGCCGGCGUAUCCUCCGGCGACGGUAACAAUGGCGGAAUCAUCGUCUUCCCCGUUCUGUAAUAACCAGAACAAGAAUCCGAUGCUGCUGUCCGGCGGAAAACAGGAUUUACUUCCAUUGGCGCAAUUUGAGAACAGCGUGAAGAAACUCAAAACCCCCAAAUCUCCUCCAUGUCCAUCUCUAACCAAAGAAAGAGUCGAAGCUGCUGUCGAUCUGCUCGCCGAAUGGUUCUACGAAUCCUACGGAUCGAUGUCGUUUUCGAGCCUCGAACAUCCUAAACUCCGGGCAUUCCUUAACCUCCUCGGAUUGCCUGCUGUCUCAAAACAGGACUUUUCAUCGUCGCGCCUCGAUUCUAAGUACAACGCUGCUCGAAUCGAAUCCGAAGCUCGUCUUAAUGACGCAGCCUUCUUCCAGGUCGCUUCCGACGGCUGGCGAUGUAAUAAUUCCCCGAAUCCGCACCAAUUCUUGAUUAAAUUCGCCGCGAAUCUCCCCAACGGCACGACCGUUUUCCAAAAGGCCGUUUAUUGCGACAGCGGCGUAGUCCCUUCCAACUAUGCCGAGAAUGUCUUGUCCGAGACAAUCCAAGGCAUAUGUGGUAAUGAUCCGCAGCGCUGCGUCGGGAUCGUCGCCGAUAAGUAUAAAACUAAAGCCUUAAGAAAUCUAGAGCUUCAGAAUCAAUGGAUGAUCAAUCUAUCCUGUCAAGUACGAGGAUUCUUCGAUUUGAUUAAGGAUUUCCAUCGUGAGCUUCCGUUGUUUCGGAUCGUAAGCGAAAGCUGUAUGAAAGUCGCAAAUUUGAUCAAUUCGAACCCGCAGGUUAGGAACAUUGUCCACAAGUUAAGGUUGCAAGGAUUCGAAGUCGCCGAGUUCAUCCGUGUCCCUCCGUCGAAUUGCGACGUCGCAACGAACUUUAUCCCCUUCGGACAUAUGUUAACCGAUUUAUUGAACAGUUCACGAAUUCUGAAUCUAAUCGUAGUCGAUGAUUCGUACAAACUACUUUGCUUAGGCGAUCCUGCCACGCGGGAAGUCGCCGACAUCAUCCAGGACGUUGCGUUCUGGAACGACGUCGAGGCUGUUCGUUCGCUGACAAAAACGAUCAUUGAAAUGGCGGGAGACGUCGAAGCCGAGAGGCCGGUCGUCGCGCAAUGUCUUCCUCUUUGGGAGGACUUGAGAGGCAGAGUGAAAGCGUGGUGCGAAAAAUACAAUUUUUCGAUGACGGGACCGGUCGAGAAGAUCGUCGAGCGACGAUUCGAUAAGGUCUACCACCCGGCGUGGUCGGCCGCGUUCGUUCUCGACCCGUUGUAUUUGGUGCGGGACGCAUCGGGGAAGUACUUGCCCCCGUUUACGUUGUUGACGCGAGAACAAGAGAAAGACGUCGAUGAUCUGGUGACCCGGCUGGCGUCAAGGGAGGAAGCGCAUAUCGCUUUGAUGGAGCUGAUGACGUGGCGAUCGGAGGGUUUGGAUCCGUUGUACGCGCAGGCCGUUCAGGUGAAGCGGCGGGAUCCCGCGACGGGGAAGAUGAAGGCGGCGAAUCCUCAGAGUAGUCGUCUCGUGUGGGAGACGUGUCUUAAAGAUUUCAAAUCACUCGGAAAAGUCGCCGUGAGGCUUCUUUUCCUUAGCGCGACAUCGCGUAGCGUUAAGAACGAUUGGUCGUUUACGAGAUGGUUUUGCGCGCAAGGUCGUUCGAUGUCGAGCCUCGAAACGGCGCAGAAAUUGUUUUUCGUCGCGGCUCAUGCUAAGCUCAAGAGCCGCGACUCUUGUAACGAUCGGGAUAAUGAUGCCGGGUUUCUUGGCGCGAUGAUCGGCGGCGGCGGCGACGACGACGACGACAAUAUACUGAAUGAGGUUCUUGGUGAUGCAUCAUCUAUUUAG